CAGCAACUCCUCUGCAGGAAAAAUGUCCUUCGGUUUUCAUUGGAACAUUACUGGGGACGCUCUCCUGGCGGACCUGGAGUCCUCCACUGCCCACAUUUCCAAAUUCCCCGCCUUCUUGCCCGACGAGACGCCCUACUCCUUCCCCAGCAAUAGUGGGCGGAGCCUCAGGGAUGACCCCACCCCCCCGCCAGUGCCGCCCCCUCCCUCCGCCGAAGCGCUGAACGGAUGUCUGCUCUGCCCUCCUGACUCUCACUACUCCUCCCAGCAGUCGCUGGGCUCAGUCCAAAAGAGCAGCACAUGGUCUCGGGGAAGUACUAGUCCCCCUCUGUCCCAUUUAGAAGAGGACCACAUCUACAGUUUCCCCAAUAAGCAGAAGAUGUCUGACUCCUCGUCUGCGAUGAUGGCCACUGCUCUGGGCAGUAACUUGUCAGAGCUGGACCGUCUACUCCUAGAGCUCAAUGCAGUUCAAGACACGCCUGGAUUCCCCACUGAUGAUGAGGAGGCGCCCCCCCUGCCUGCGUGUAGCCUCUACUCCUACGGGCAGCAGGAGAACGGGGCAGCUCCUGGUAUCACACUGACCCCUGCUGGACUGGAGUCCCCCCAGCAGAACGGCACCACAGGCAGCAGCAGCCUGGACAAGCUGGAGUGUGUCGUGCCCUCUCCAGUACCCAGCCCUUUCGCGCUCCACAGUGAGUUGACGGACAGCCAGUUUGACUCAUCGCAGCAGGCCCGGAUCUCUGCCACAUCAGCUACUCGCGAGCUGGACGAACUUAUGGCCAGCCUGUCCGACUUUAAGCCCAGCUCUCAGGGCUCAGAGUCGCUGUUUGAUCAGAAAUCCUCUAGUCCUCCAGCUAUCCCAUCAGCCCCUGUGGUAUCCGCCCUCCUCCCCCCAUCCCUCUCUUGUGACUCCCCCCUGCCCUCCUCGGCAGGUGUCUCUCUGGAGCUGCACAUCGUGGAGGAUGGGGUGGAGCUCUCUGUGCCCCCCCAGGCCAGCGCCUCUCUCCCGAAGCCCGGCUCGGAGCUCUCUCUGUCGGCCGCGGCCUCCUCCCUCAGCCCCCCCAGCUCCGGAUCCUGCUCCACCUCCCCCUCCAGCUCCCGCCUGUCUCCGGACACGAUCAUCGACGUGUCGGCCUCCAUGUUCAGCACCCGCACCGACCCACUGGUGGUGCUCACCCAGACGGUGGCCUCCUCGCCCGCCCACACCCCCACGCAUGCCGGCAGUGCCGCCCCCACCCCUCCCAAAACUGGCACCCCUUCCCCCGCCUCCUCCAGCCCCCACCUGAAGCUGGAGCCCUUCAGCUCCCUCUCCACCCUGGCCCCGGCCCCCAUCACCAAGUCCCCUAGCCCCAUCCCCUCCCCGAAAAAGCCCCCCCCCUCCCCCGAGCGAUGGAGUCCCCUGGUCCUCCCUGCAGUCAACGGCCUCUCCCCUUCCCCCAGAAGCCUCACCCCUCCUGUCUCAAAGUCUCCUGCUCCUGCUCCUGCACCUCCUCUCGCAGCUCCUGUUGUUGAAUCUCCUGUCCUCUCCUCCUUCUCUCUCCUUCCAUCUCUCUCUCUCUCCUCGCUGCCCUCCUCUAAGAGCUCCAACCCUCCAGGGGAUCCCCCCGAGGCGGCAGGCCAACCCCAGCCUCACGCAUCCUCGCAGCGGCACGAGGAGGCGCAGCCCUCACUGGACGAGGCCCUGGACAAGCUGCUGUCCAUGAGCUUCUCUACCAAACCUGAGAACGAGGCUCUGAUGUCGGCAAUGCAGGGGUCCAAGCUUAGUGCUGAACCACCACAGGAAGUGUUCGAGGAGCCCAUCAUGCCGAUGGACCGGCGGGACGUGCGACCCGACACCCAGCUGUCGCAGUCGUUGCCAACGGAGUCGGAGCUGGGCGACGGAGGACUGGACUACCAGUCGGACGCACGCAGUGACCUGGACUGGGCGGAGAUGGAGCUGAAGAUGGUGUACGACGGCGCCGACGGCUCCAUGACUCCGCUGACCGAGGCCAGCUGGAUGGACGAGUCGCUCACGCCAACGUCCUCCUGCCCCGGCACGCCCGACGGCCAGUUUGACCUCUACCCCAUGCAGCCUCUCACGCUGGACCGAGUCUCCGCCUCCGGACACCUCAAGUCUGUGAUCAGGCGUACGAAGGAGACGCCCAACGUGCACCCCAUGUACCGAGAGAACCAUCCACGGCGUAAGAUGGGGCCACUCAUCUACCACAAGAGCAACUCACAGGACCGGCUCAUCGAGGAGCUGCAGGGCAAGCUGGGCAUCAGCCGCAAGGAGCGGCCGCGCAAGCAGCCCGACGAAUGGCUCACAGAGGGCGUGAUCGUCAUGAACAACCCCAAGCGUUCGCGAGAGGAGCGCAACGGUCCAGACGUAGACAAGAUUAUCAUUCCUCCUGAUUCUCCGCUCCCUCAGCGGAAGGUUAUCCCUCCCCCCCUCUCGCCCCCCACCCCUCGCCGUGAGGAGCCCAAGAGGCCCCCCCCAGUCAAGCAGGUCCCCCCGCCCCUGCCACCACCACCCCCACCUGCCCCCUCCCCUCCACCUCCGCAGCAGGAACCAGCACCACCCCCGGUGGAACCUCUCGUUAAAAAAGUGGAGCCCCCCUCACCCCCUCCAGUCCAGCGGAGACCCCCGACCCCCCCAAUGCCCCCGACCCCUCCGGCCUCUGUGCCCGUGGAGCCCCCUGCCCCCAAACCUACCUCACGCCCUCCGCCUCCUCCGGUGCAGGCCCCUCCACCCAGAGAGCCCACCCCUCCUCCUCCCGCGCCUGCCCCCAGACAGCUGGUGUCGGUGGGGAGCCAGACGGAGUAUGACCCCCUCUUCCCUCCCAUGCAGGAGUGGAGCUCAAUUAUGGCCCAGGGGAAGGGCUCCCAUCCGCAGGGUAAUAAGCUGGACACCAUGCUGGGCAGCCUGCAGUCGGACCUCAACAAACUCGGGGUGCAGACCGUGGCCAAGGGUACCUGUGGGGCCUGCUGCAAGCCCAUCAUUGGCCAGUUGGUGACAGCCAUGGGUCGCACGUGGCACCCAGAGCACUUUGUGUGCACACACUGUCAGGAGGAGAUCGGUUCCAGAAACUUCUUUGAGCGCGACGGGUUGCCCUACUGUGAGAGAGACUACCACCACCUCUUCUCCCCCCGCUGUAAUUACUGUAACGGACCCAUAUUGGAUAAAGUGGUAACUGCCCUGGACCGGACGUGGCAUCCAGAGCAUUUCUUCUGUGCACACUGUGGAUCUUUCUUUGGGCCUGAAGGCUUCCAUGAGAAGGAUGGAAAGGCGUACUGUCGGAAGGACUACUUUGACCUGUUUGCGCCCAAGUGUGGAGGCUGUGCCCGCGCCAUCCUGGACAACUACAUCUCAGCGCUGAGCUGUCUGUGGCACCCAGAGUGCUUCGUCUGCAGGGAGUGUUUCACGCCCUUCGUCCACGGGAGUUUUUUCGAGCACGACGGGCAGCCAUUCUGUGAGGUGCACUACCACGAUCGGCGCGGCUCGCUGUGCUCAGGCUGCCAGAAGCCCAUCACGGGUCGCUGCAUCAGCGCCAUGGCCAAGAAGUUCCACCCCGAGCACUUCGUCUGCGCCUUCUGCCUCAAGCAGCUCAACAAGGGCACCUUCAAGGAGCAGAACGACAAGCCAUACUGCCAGGGCUGCUUCAUCAAGCUCUUCAGCUAGAGCCCAACACCACUGCAUCGACCUGCGCUAGUGUGUGUGUGUGUGUGUGUGUGUGUGUGUGUGUGUGUGUGUGUGUGUGUGUGUGUGUGUGUGUGUGUGUGUGUGUGUUUGUGUUUGUCUGUGUGUGUGUGACAAAGGGCUUGAAAGCCGGACUGUCUGGACAUGAAUGGUCACCUUAGUUGUGACUGUGAUAAGAAUUGCUGUGUGUGUGUGUGUGUGUGUGUGUGUGUGUGUGUGUGUGUGUGUGUGUGUGUGUGUGUGGGGACAUGUGUCGUGACUGUGAUAAGAAUUGCUGUAGGUAUGUGUGCAUGUUGAUUCAGGAUGUGGUUGUGUGAAGGUAUCUUCAACAAACAACCAAUAGAAAGUUGCGGUGGUGUGGUGGUGUGAGGAGGUGUAUUUGGGUAAUGUUGAUGAUGAUCUGUGGUCUCUGCUCUCUGACUGAAUUUUCUACUGAUUGCCUAGGAAGGUUUUGAUCAUGAGAAGUAUUCAUGGCUGAACACUGUAAAAAUGUUUAUCACUAAUAUGAAAGGUUUGAUGCUCACUGGCUGAGUGUAACUUGUAUGAAAUCUGCUUGUUGAUUUCCCACGUGUGCAGUUUGUGUUCUGCGAAGAAUUGUCCUUUUGGUGAACUUUGCUUGAAGGUUUUGAAAAUCCACAUUAGUAUUUCAAACUGGCCACGAUGUUAACAAAACGUGAUGACCCAACCCUUACACAACCUGUUUGCACAAACACACACACACACACACACACACACACACACACACACACACACAGGUAUUCUCUUCAGGAUGAGUUAUGUGAUCAUGUCCUUCUCCAUGAGCAUAUGUGAGAUUAUAAAGACGAUAGAUUAACAGUAAGGAAGGGCAUGUCUGUUCCUUCACAUUAGAGACACGUGUUCUAGGUUACAGUCUGCAGGCAAAUCAUGGAGACUUUUUCCACUACAUUUUUUGUACUGUUAUAACUUCCUAAUAACCACUCAAAAUAUGAUUACAUCUUCCUCUUGUCUCUUGUAACACUGAUGCCUUUAAACGGCGGGAACUUCAUCAGCUGAUGUUAGUCCUCACACACUAAAAUAUAUAUGCUCAUAUUCUUUCCAUCUCAGAGGUAACACAAUACUGCAAAACUGAAACUGCUGUUUAGCUGAACAUUUUCCAUCACUGAUACGUUUUCUUUUUUGUUUGUUUGUUUAUUGUUUUAGUGUGCAAGUCUUAACCAUGUUGAGUGUUGUUGAAAUCCUCCCAGGAGUAUUUGAGUGACAUGGCUGUUUGCGAAAGCCAUUGUAUGUAACAAAAUAUUAAUCUGCAUUUAUCUUAAAGCAGCACCAAAAAAUUAGAUCCUUGAAAUCCUUGUAUUCUUCCAAAUUGUGCA